CCAGGAAUAACUAAUAAAAACGUAUUUCAGGAAAAACGCUCAAACGGGUUUGUCCUCCCUAGUAAAGGACCAUGAGAGUGCCCGAGGUCAUCAGGAGAGCCUAAGGAUUAAAACUGCCAAGACAGGUUGUGUUGAAGAGAGCCUUGCUGGGAAAAGCCUCGCUUUAUUGAAGACUUCUGAGUUGGAGAAGAUGCAGCUACUUUUUCGAAAUGCCCACGCCAUCGGAAAAAAGGGCAGGCCUUUCACAGACUUUGCAUGGAUGUGUGAUCCCAGGAGGCAAUGAACAUCAAUGCUGUUCUGAGGGCAAAAGCCAAGGGGUUCCUCAAAAUAGGCAAGGCUGGUGGAGUUCUCAGAUUUUGCUGCCUUCUCCAUGACACCAUCUAUCAACUGAGCAGCCUCUCCAAGUCACUGCAGAGGUCAGUGUCACACAACUGUGCAGUGUCUGCACAACUGUAGACCUGGGCCUAAACUGAGAGCAGUGCUGGACACAGACACCUAUGAGGGAGUCCUCCUGAACCCUACUGAUGCCGACCAACAUGACAAGGCAAAGAAUGAGCUAAUCGAUUCUCUGUGCCGGUGCAUCACUGCUAGAUUUAGUGAUGUGAACAGUGGUGUCCUGCAGGCUAUGCGGCUGACCAGUUUCCAGUGCUGGCCAGAGGCAGACACAAGUUCAGAAUUUGGUGAUGAAGAGGUAAACAAACUCAUUAGUCACUUCCAACCUAUUUUACUGUCUGCUGGAGUGGAUGUGGAGUUGAUCCCUGAUCAAUGGACAAUUCUCAAGACUGAACUGUACACAGCAGGAUUCAGCCAAGGAACCUUUGAGAAGACCUGGCCUACUGUAAACAGAAUGCUGCGCCAUCGGUGUCUGGAACUCCUUGAUCUUUUUGAUGCUCUCCUCACCAUCCCUGCAACUACAGCUGACUGUGAAAGAGGGUUCAGUGUAAUGAAGCAGGUAAAGAGUGACUGGCGCUCACGCCUAAAAGGUGAGACCCUCUCUGACCUCCUUAAAACCCAGUUGUGCUCACCUGACAUCAAAGACUUUGAUCCAACCAAAGCCAUUGACAUCUGGCAUGCUGACAGUUUGCGCUCACGCAGGCCUGACUUUCUGCGUAAACAUGAAACAAAAGCAACAGAGAGUGGCUCAGGUUCUGAUAGCACCUCUGAAGAAGAAGAGCUCUGAAGAUUCAAAUGAUAGAUAGAUCCCCAAUGUUUGCACUUUCUGUGUAUAUUUAGUUGUAUAACACUUUUGAUGCUUUUCCUUCUUUUUGUUUGUUUGUUUUUACCUGCUAGUGACUACCCAUUUCAGUACAAGCUCAAAAUAACAUUGAACCAUCCACACAGGAAAUGCAGGAUUGUUGCAUCCUGCAUGUUGUAUGAUGACAUUAACGUGAUCACUUUCAGGAGAUUGAUUCCAUGGAUCAUCAGUGGUAAACAGGACACGUCAUAGAAAUGAUUGUUGUGAUGGAAUGUCAGCAGAAACGGCUGAGACGUUUGUUGGGACAAGCUAAUGAUUGUUGCCUAACUAUGG